AUGACAACUUUUUUACUUCAACAGUGGAAAUCUCGGGUUGGAGGACCUCAAGAUCCAAGUAUGUUAUUUAUCUGUUUUCUUGCUUAGAUGUUACCAAAGUUAAUUUGAGAAUAAAUAUCUAAAAUAAUAUUUUGUAUUUUGUUGUUUUAGCUCCUUUUAUGUUGGCUCUGGCCAGUGACAAGACUCCAUCACAAGAGAAAGAGUUUAUUAUCAACGCUUUCGAUGAUUGGGACGUUUUGACUUCAACUUGGUUUGAAGUGGCAGAUUACUUGUCUGUGAUAGAGAAGUUGGCCGAAGAUGGCAAGUUUGGAGAGUGCAGAAGAGCUUUUUUGUUGGCUUCCAAGGUUGCUUAUUGUCUUGGCGAUUACAACUCAGCACUUCAGUUGGCUUUGAAUGCUGGUGAAUUGUUCAGUUUGACUCCACGAAAGGCUUCUCAACUUCUGGGGCCUCAAGAUGAUCUGGUAAGUGUACAUUAUUAUUUUUUUGAUUUUUUAGAAUUUUGAGAAGGUUUUAGUACUUCUAUUAAAGUGUGAAUGAAAAGCUGACUUUGUUGCUUGUUAAGAUUUGAUGUUUUUAUCUUUUUUGUUUUAGUACGUGGACAAGAUUGUUGAACAAGCGUUGGACGAGUACAAGGUGUCCAGAAGAACUGGAGCUUCAGUUAGUCCAGCUCUUGAGGCUUUAAUUAACAGAGUCUUUGAGAAGACAUUGGCCAACAAAGAAUUCAGAUUUGUUAUUGGAUUGGCUUUGGACACUAGAAGAAUCGACAUGAUGGAGAGAGCUGUUAAGGCUGCUGACGAUCAAACGAAUGUUCUGACCGAAACUGUUGGCAAGAUCUUGGAAUCACAAUUGGACAGAAAGUUCAGAGGACAAGCUUUGGAUUCUGUGUUCAGGCUAUUCUCGGAGAUGAAAGAACCAGACUUCGUGAGCAUGUGUCAAUGUCUGAUCAAAUUGGAAAAGCCUUCUGAUGUUGCUGGAAUUCUUAGAAGGUUGAUUUCUAACGAGGUAUGAUAUGUUUUUUGUUUUCUGAUGUUUUACUGUUAAAAAUUUAAUAAUCUACGAUAAUGUUUUUUUUUGUUAAAACAGUUUCAUAUUAUUUUUUUAGAAAGGUGAACUUCUUGCUUUUCAAAUUGCUUUUGAUUUAUACGAAAAUGCUAGUCAACAAUUUAUCAAGGAGAUUGAAAAAGCCCUGAUUCCUGAAUCUAAAGGUCCAGCCAAGGUUGAAGAAAGUGGUUCGGCCCCUACAGGAACUGGAACAACUGAAGAAUCUUCAUCUUCUUCUGAAAGCUCGAGUGCUGAAGCUACUCUUGCUGAGUGAGUUUAUUAAGAAAAUAAUUUUCAUUUGAAAUGUAUUCAAUGUUUAAAAAAAAAUGUUACCUAAACUUUUAGUGCUGGCUCAAUGACUGAUCGAUUGAAGAGGAUUUUGAGAGGUGAAGAAACCAUCAAGCAUCACAUGCAAUUCUUGAUCAAAAACAAUCAUACGGAUAUGCUGAUCCUGAAACAAAUCAAGGAUUCAGUUCGUACUGCUUCUACGCAUAAUGCUACUGUUAUUGCCAACGGGUUAAUGCAUGUUGGAACUACAUGUGAUGAUUUUUUGAGGGAUAACCUUGAAUGGAUCUCAAAGGCUACCAAUUGGAACAAGUUCAACGCUGUGGCUACAUUGGGUCUCAUUCACAGAGUAAGUUAUCAUGGAAAGAUGUUUAUUUGUAGCAAUUAAGUUGAAGUAAAAUUACGGUUUAAAACUUAUUAUGGUAUUUCAGGGCCACGAAUCGAACGCUUUGAAGUUGCUCGACCCUUACCUACCAAAAGGUGAGGUCGACUCUUUUGGAUACAAAGAAGGUGGAUCUCUCUAUGGAUUCGGUCUUAUUCAUGCUAAUCACGGGUCAAAUGAAGCCAUUACCUAUUUGAGAGAUCAACUUACAAAGGCCCCAACUGCUGCUGUAAGACAUGGAGCUUGUCUAGGGUUGGGAUUGGCUGCUUUGGCUACACACGACGAGAGCAUCUAUCAACAACUGAGAGAAAACUUGUAUCAAGAUGACGCUGUAACCGGAGAGGCUGCUGGAACAGCAAUGGGUCUUGUGAUGGCUGCAUCAAUGAACCAACAAGCCUUUAAUGACAUGAAGACAUAUGUGACAGAAACUCAACACGACAAGAUUCAACGAGGACUAAGAACUGGUAUUGCCAUGUUGGCUUACGGAAGAAUGGAAGAAGCUGAAGCUUGGGCCGAAGAGUUGUUGGAGAACAAGUCUAAUGCCAUUUUGAGACAAACUGGAGUCUGUAUGUUGGCUAUGGCUUAUGCUGGAUCAGGAAAAGCUGAUGUUGUCAGAAGACUGUUGGCUAAAGUGGCUGCCGAUCCUAACCACGACGUAAAGAGAUUCGCUGUUAUCGCCGUUGGAUUUGUUCUCAGCAAGUAA